GUGGCCUUUACCCAAAUCUCUCUAUUCACCCGUUAAACGCUCAUGCUGAAAGCUGCUGGAAAGCUUCCUGUACAGCCAUUAUAGGGUCCUGGUGUAUUUUAUUUAGACUUCAUCUACAAGGUUGAUAAAGUCUGCCUGUAGGUGCAGAAUGUACAGCUUCAUGGGAGGAGGGCUGUUUUGUGCAGGAGUGGGCAAUAUACUCCUGAUUGUUUCCACAGCAACAGAUUAUUGGAUGCAGUACCGUCAUUCAAACAACUACAUGCAUCAGGGGCUGUGGAGAUACUGCAUGCCUGGGAAAUGUUUCACACACACAGACAGCAUUGCAUACUGGGAUGUAACAAGAGCAUUCAUGAUCUUGUCUCUGUUGGCCUGCUUCAUUGGCAUCGUCAUCGGUAUUAUGGCUUUUAUCCAUUACUCCUCCUUUGACAGGUUUGAUAAAAGCUUUGCUGCAGGCAUUCUGUUCUUCAUCUCAUGCUUUUUUGUGUUUCUGGCCAUGGCUGUUUACACAGGAGUUACAAUAAAUUACUAUGGUAAACGUUAUGGUAACUGGAGGUUCUCCUGGUCCUACAUCAUUGGCUGGGUGUCUGUUGUGCUCACUUUCUUUUCAGGAAUGUUCUACAUAUGUGCAUACCGGAUGCAUGAAUGCCCCAGAAGUCCAAAUCCUCACUAGAAGGCUGGCCAUAUCUCCAAUGUUGACUGCCACCAAACACCAUUAGAUCAUGAAAAAUAAAGACAAAAUCAUAAAAAGUGUCUAUGAUAAAAUAAAGAAUCAUAGAAAAUAUAUAUACAGAUAUUUUUCAUUGUCUCUAUUAUGAAAAACUGCAUGGUGCCUUUGCAAUAACCACUGAAUUGAUAUUAAAAAGAGGCC